UGCUACAUGCUCGGCUUAAUUAGUGCUGAAUCCAGACGGAUAUGCAGACCUCGGAUUCGGACAUCCAGUGGCUUCCUACAUCCGCUCCGGAUGGCUUCCGUGCUUGCACAAUCAGUAUCCGAACCCGUUGGCAGAAAUGCAUAAAAGGAGGGACGGGUCCUCCGUUCAAACCAUCGAAUCCAACCACACCAGAGUCACACAUCUACUAAACCCGCAUAUCGCACUACUAUGUCUGCUCCUUUGUUCACUCGCACCAUCUCCCUGGCGGGCCAGGGAAGCGUCGCACGGUCUUUCACCAGGACCAAGUGCCAUGGUUCGGACACAUCUACGACUGGUUCGCAUCGUCCGAACAGGCUCGAACUGCAGGCAGUCUUGGCCCAUGCGCAGGCACGCAAGGGCUCUGAGUCCCAAACAAACACCAAUGAUGCAUCUAUCGUCGGACUGGGCCUCCCAUCCGAGCUGUUCCCUCCUUCCCUCCGCGACACGCCUCCGCGAAUGGCGCCGAUGGGCGUGAGGUCCACCAGCUACGCACAGACGCUCUUCAGCGCUCCUCCGACGCCCCCGCCGACACCGCCCGCUUCGCCCGAAAUGCAGCAGGGGAAGGCAUGGCCUAUCGACUACGACGAGGGCGACCUCAGUCUUCCGUCGACGCCUGUAAGCAUGCCGUCCCAGCCGACGCUCCGGAAGCCGCUGGAACGUCCGUUGCUGUAUGUCAUGCCGCCGUUCGCCCACGAACAGCCGCAGUCGCAGUCGUUGAUCGGGCUGGGAAUCAUGAUCCCAGUGGGUUCGUUCGUCGGCUCGCCAGUCGAGCCCACGGCGAGCGCAUUCCUUGGCCCGCGUAUCGAUCCUCGUCGCAUCAUCGAGGACUCCGCCGCAGACCCAAUCGUCACUCCCGGCGAGUUGAUGAGACGCAACUUCCCCCUGACGCCUGGCGCGCCCAUUCACUCCGCAGCCCGCGUCGCUCCUAGCGAGUCGACGGAGCGGUACUUCCCUCUGACCCCCGGUCUACCGCUCCAUCUUGCCGUCACCCCGGCUCAAGAGGCGGGUCCUCGCGACUUCCAUCGCACGCCUGGCGCGCCGCUCUACCGCCAGACCACCAUCCCGCCAGUGACGUCGCUCGAUGUGCCGCAACGGCAGGGCACUGUCGCGUUCCAGAGUCUAUUCGAGGGGUUAUUGGGGAACUGGGGAAGUUCGAACCCGGCUUCGCGGUGCUCGUCGUUCGGCGGGCUGAGCGUCACCGAGGACCAGAUGUCGGGUCCGACACCAUUGCCUACGCCGGCGGGAAUCGCAGACAUGUAUUUUGUGUAGAGUACGACAGUAUGAUAUCCUCUGCUGGCAUGAGGACUUUCAGCUGAGAGCAAUAACGACGUGC